CCCGCCGGGCGCGCCUUGGACCCGUCCGGAGUCGCGGCCCCAUUAUGGUCAGCCAUGGCGUGGCUGCCGGGCGGGCUGGCCGAGCUGCGCUGGGGCGCGCUGGUCGCUCUCUUCGUGGCGGCGCUGGCCACGCUGGCCGUGUACCUGGUGCAGUACGCGCUGCUGGCGCUGCGGAGGGGCCGCCCGCCGCCGGCCCCCGCUCCGCCGGUGCAGCGGGACGAGCUGCUGGAGGAGGGCGGCUCGGUGCUGGCCUGGGCGCUGUCGCGGGGCAGCUGGAGGCGGCAGUGGCGGCGGGCCUGGGUGGCGGCGCUCAGAGCCGAGGCGGCGGAGCGGGCGGAUUCUCAGUUGCUUACAUUUGAGGAAGAUGACCCAGCAGAACCACUUGAGCUAGCAGUUAAAGAAGUUACCAGCAUUGUAAAGUCAGCUGGAGAGAAGGUGGUUUCUUGCAAUGUUGUGGGGGAUUCUGUGAAAUUCCUCGUUGCUGUCUCAGCCCCUCCGCCCGCGGCUGCCGAAGCUCAGUCGUAUUUUGUGAAGCUGUCCCCAGUACACCUGCAGCUUCAGCUCUCUGUGAAAGACAAAGGAGAAGAUGUCAAAGUUGAGUGGCUCCUCAUUAACACCGAUGAAAUCAACUUUGAAAUCCAGCCAGCAGUGCAGGAGGGGCAGACAGCAGGGACAUGUGCAAUAUCUGAAACACUCAGAGAUGUCUUGAAGAACCUCUUCAGCUCAGCUUCUCCAUCUGUAGAGCUGAGUGUGAGGCCUGCAGACACAAAGGAGGUUCAGAAUGUCCAGAACACACUGAGCCUUGUCCCUCAGGGCACCAGUCCUCCCAAGCCUCCGAGGGCUCACGAGCUGAAGCUGCUGCUGAGGAACAUCGCGCUGGAGCCGCCGAGCGACCUCCGUGCUGCAGGCAGCACAAACCUUGUGUGUAUAGUUCAGUUGAAUGACCCUAUGCAGAAGUUUUCCAGCUCUGUAGCCAAAAAUGCUGCACAUCCCUUUUGGAAGGAAGAGUUUAUCUUUGAACUAAGUGCCAAAUCAAAAGCAUUGCAACUGCAAAUAGUAGAAGAUGGAAAGUUGGAUAGUCCUUUAUCCGGGCAGGUGACUGUCCCUCUGGACCUGUUCAGGAAGCAGCCCUGUGGCCAGCACAGCUUUGCCCUGGGCAGAGGGGCCGGGGAGAGCAGCUCAGAGCCAGGGCCCGGGCUGGGCUCCAUCACUGCAGAGUUCUCUUUUAUAGAGCCCAGUGAAGUGAAGGCCAGGCAGGUGUCCUCUCCAGUGCUGGCCACCAAGAUCGAGAAGGACCGCACUGUGAUGCCCUGUGGCACUGUGGUCACCACUGUCACUGCUGUGAGAACCAAACCUCGCCUGGAAGGGAGAUCCUCCCCCCUGAGCUCAGAUUCUCCUGUGAAAACUCCAGUCAAAGUAAAGGUGACUGAAAAGGAUUUCAUUGUUGAAGCCCUCCAUUCUCAUGGUGCUCCAGUCAGCAAAACUUUGUCAUCUUCAGAUACAGAGCUGCUGGUACUGAACGGCACCGACCCCGUGGCAGAGGCGGCCAUUCGGCAGCUGAGCCAGUCUGCCAAGCAGAAGCUGAAGUCCCCUCGGAAGAAAAGCACCAUUAUCAUAUCAGGGGUGUCCAAGACCUCUUUAUCUCAGGACAGUGAAGCUUCACUGAUGAUGGACUAUGCUGCAGCCAUGGACAGCUCCUGCAGGGAAGCAGAUCCACCCACUGUGGCGGAAAAUGUUGCAAAAAUCACCUCUGACAAAAAGCAGUCACUGGAUGCUUCAGAAAGAGUCCCUGGCACCCACCCACAGCAAAGCACCCCCAAGACCUGGAGUUUGGAGAAUGGCAGCCAGCAGUGGGACACCAGCACACUCUUAGACCAGACCUCUGAAGAAAUAUCUGGGAGCUCAUUAAGUGUUUCAGAAACUGGGAGCAUGAAAAAAUCUAAAGGUGGCAUUUUGAAGAAAAGCGCCAAGCUGUUUUUCCGCCGGCAGCACCACCAGAAGGACCCGGGGAUGAGCCAGUCCCACAAUGACCUGGUGUUCCUGCAGCACCCCCUGGCAGAGGAGGGCCGCAAGAAGGGGGGGACACUCUCCAGAAUGCUGAGCAAGAAGCUCCUUUCCAGGAACAAGAGCAAGACCAAACUGAACGGGGCCUCGGGAGAGCCGUACCCAUGAACCCAACCCCUCUCCAUGGAUUCCUGCUCACAUGAGCACUUGUUUACAGAGCAGUCCUAGAGAAUACAAAUAUGGCUGAUGGCUUGCAUAAAAGGAUGUUCACU